GUGAGUGGAAAUCGAUGUGACGAAGGAAAGAGAAACCCUACUGUAUCGGGGAAGAGAGGGCGGUUCUCGAAAUGGAAGAAAAUUCGGAGGCGAUGGGGCUGCGGAGUCUUGAAAUCUCGCGAUAUGGGUUUCACAGCGACUUUGGGGGGUGGGUUCGAAGGGAAAGGUGGUCUUUUUAGGUGUUCUUGCGUUAUCUUGUUUUCGUGGUGAUCUUUUUGGCAGUUUUUGGUUUUGAGAGGGAAAAAAAGAGGGUUACUAUUCCCGCUUCGUGGGGAUGGAUCGGAGGGCGCUGGAUGAUAUCAUCCGGCGGCUGCUGGAAGUUAGAGGGAGUCGACCGGGGAAGCAGGUGCAGCUGUCGGAGGCGGAGAUCCGGCAACUGUGUGUUGUAUCGAAGGAUAUAUUUAUGCAACAGCCCAACCUUUUAGAGCUCGAGGCGCCUAUUAAGAUCUGCGUCAAAUAUGCUUCAGAGGAAAAAAGAGAUUUUUUAUUUCAUGCCGUCGGUUGUUCGAGCUCUCCGAAUCGGCAAAAAGGUGAUAUUCAUGGCCAGUAUUCUGAUCUUUUGAGGCUUUUUGAAUAUGGUGGGUUGCCACCUCAAGCCAAUUACUUGUUCUUAGGUGACUAUGUAGAUCGAGGGAAACAAAGCCUAGAGACCAUAUGCCUACUUUUGGCCUAUAAGAUUAAGUAUCCAGAGAACUUCUUUCUUUUGAGGGGCAAUCAUGAAUGUGCAUCUAUAAACCGUAUUUAUGGGUUUUACGAUGAAUGCAAGCGCAGAUUCAAUGUGAGGCUCUGGAAGGUCUUCACAGAUUGUUUUAAUUGCCUACCCGUGGCAGCUCUUAUUGAUGAAAAGAUUCUCUGCAUGCAUGGUGGUCUCUCUCCGGACUUGCAUGAUUUGGAUCAAAUUCGAAAUUUAGCAUGCCCUACUGAUGUGCCAGACACUGGGUUGCUUUGUGAUCUUUUAUGGUCAGAUCCUAGUAAUGAGAUUCAAGGUUGGGGAAUGAAUGAUAGAGGAGUAUCUUAUACUUUUGGGCCUGAUAGAGUGACUGAGUUUCUUCAGAAGCAUGAUCUGGAUCUGAUCUGCCGUGCUCACCAGGUGGUAGAGGAUGGAUACGAGUUCUUUGCUGACAGGCAACUUGUGACAAUUUUCUCUGCCCCAAAUUACUGUGGGGAAUUUGACAAUUCUGGUGCCAUGAUGAGUGUAGAUGAAACCUUGAUGUGCUCAUUCCAGAUUUUGAAACCUGCAGAAAAGAAGGCAAAGUUUGGGUUUGGUGGUAUGCCUGCAGCUAAAACUGGAACCCCUCCCUCUGGCACUAAGUCUUCUCUUGGUGCAAUGAACAAUCUUUGAGAACUAGUCAUGGCAUGCUGCCCACUGGUCACUCUUUCAAAAAGAUUCUGAACAGCGUAUAUGAUGACCAACUGUAAAAUAUUCCAAUUAGAACCUUUUUCCGUUUACAUUGGCACAUGUCUUGAUGACUAUGUACAAUUGAAUGUAACACAAACAUAUGGAGUUAACUUGACGCAUGGCAAUGAAUGUGGUUGGAUCGGAACAAAGGUGGAGUUGGCGCUUGAGGUAAAAAAGAUAACAACCCUAGUUGCUUUCUAAGCUUGUGUAUGGUGGACGCUAGUCACAUGUCCUCUGAAGGAACACCAUUUUGUUUCCUUUUACUUUUUUGCUUACGUGAUAUUCUCUGUUGCAUGCUA